AUGGGCAGCGACCGGAGCGCGCCCGGACGGCCGGGCUGGGCGGUCAGUGUCCUCGGCGGCCGGGAGGCGGCGGCGCGGCCGCGACUGCUGCCACUGCUCCUGGUGCUUCUGGGCUUCCUGGGCCGCGGCGCGGCGGCGGAGGACGCAGAAGUCAACGCCGAGAACUGGCUGAGACUCUAUGGCUACCUGCCCCAGCCGAGCCGUCACAUGUCCACCAUGCGCUCCGCCCAGAUGCUGGCCUCCGCCCUGGCUGAGAUGCAGCGCUUCUAUGGGAUUCCCGUCACGGGCGUGCUCGACGAAGAAACCAAGGCGUGGAUGAAGAGACCCCGCUGUGGGGUGCCAGACCAGUUCGGGGUGCGCGUGAAAGCCAACCUGCGACGGCGGCGGAAACGCUAUGCCCUCACGGGGAGGAAGUGGAACAACCACCACCUGACCUUCAGCAUCCAGAACUACACAGAGAAGCUGGGAUGGUACCACUCACUGGAGGCAGUGCGAAGGGCCUUCCGCGUGUGGGAGCAGGCCACGCCCCUGGUCUUCCAGGAGGUGCCCUACGAGGACAUCCGGCUGCGGCGGCAGAAGGAGGCUGACAUCAUGGUACUCUUUGCCUCCGGUUUCCACGGCGACAGCUCACCAUUUGACGGCACAGGGGGCUUUCUGGCCCACGCCUAUUUCCCUGGCCCUGGUCUGGGCGGAGAUACCCAUUUCGAUGCAGAUGAGCCUUGGACCUUCUCUAGCACUGACCUGCAUGGGAACAGCCUCUUCCUGGUGGCAGUGCAUGAGCUGGGCCAUGCCCUGGGGUUGGAGCACUCUAGCAACCCCAGUGCCAUCAUGGCGCCCUUCUACCAGUGGAUGGACACCGACAGCUUCCAGCUGCCCGAGGACGACCUCCGGGGCAUCCAGCAGCUCUACGGCACCCCGGAUGGCCAGCCACAGCCCACCCGGCCUCUGCCCACUGUGACUCCCCGGCGACCAGGCCGGCCAGAUCAUCGGCCCCCCAGACCCCCCCAGCCACCACCCCCAGGUGGGAAGCCGGAGCGGCCCCCAAAGCCAGGCCCCCCAGCCCAGCCCCGAGCCACGGAACGGCCUGACCAGUAUGGCCCCAACAUCUGCGACGGGGACUUUGACACAGUAGCCAUGCUGCGUGGGGAGAUGUUCGUAUUCAAGGGCCGCUGGUUCUGGCGGGUUCGGCACAACCGUGUCUUGGACAACUAUCCCAUGCCCAUCGGGCACUUCUGGCGUGGCCUGCCCAGUGACAUCAGUGCUGCCUACGAGCGCCAAGAUGGACGUUUUGUCUUCUUUAAAGGUGACCGCUACUGGCUCUUCCGAGAAGCAAACCUGGAGCCCGGCUACCCUCAGCCACUGACCAGCUAUGGCCUGGGCAUCCCCUAUGACCGCAUCGACACGGCCAUCUGGUGGGAACCCACAGGUCACACCUUCUUCUUCCAGGAGGACAGGUACUGGCGCUUCAAUGAGGAGACGCAGCGUGGAGACCCCGGCUACCCCAAGCCCAUCAGUGUCUGGCAAGGGAUCCCUACUUCCCCCAAAGGGGCCUUCCUGAGCAACGAUGCAGCCUACACAUACUUCUACAAGGGCACCAAGUACUGGAAGUUCGACAACGAGCGCCUGCGGAUGGAGCCAGGCUACCCCAAAUCCAUCCUGCGGGACUUCAUGGGCUGCCAAGAGCACGUGGAGCCGGGACCCCGAUGGCCCGACGUGGCUCGUCCGCCCUUCAACCCCGACGGGGGUGCAGAGCCCGGGGCGGGCGGGGACGGCGAGGAGGGCGAGGAGGAGGAGGAGGGGGGCGAGGCCGGCGGCGCGGGGGACUUCGGGGAUGGGUCCGACGCGGACGGGGGCAGCCGCGUGGUGGUACAGAUGGAGGAGGUCACGCGGACGGUGAACAUGGUGCUGGUGCUGGUGCCGCCCAUGCUGCUGCUGCUGUGCGUCCUGGGGCUCACGUACGCGCUGGUGCAGAUGCAGCGCAAGGGCGCGCCGCGCGUUCUCCUCUAUUGCAAGCGCUCCCUGCAGGAGUGGGUCUGAGCCGCAGCGCCGCCCUCCUGCUGCGCACGGUGCUAAGGGGGCCGUGGCUGGCGGGGCCCAGGCUUCUCCUACGGCUGGGUGGGGGUGCACCAAGCCAGAACCUUCCAGGGCUCCCUCAGCCCCUGGGUGGGGGCCUCGCCAGGCCCUCCAAACUCCCUGCCAGCCCUGCCCCAGCCCUGCCCCAGUCCUACCCCGAUGUUUAUUUAUGCCCAGCUUUUGCUGGGUUUUUUGUUUUUGUUUUUGUUUUGCACACUAAUUGAGUAUUUGUUUCUACUUUGCUGACCCGGAGCAGUGGUCCCUCAGGGCAGGGGUUAGAGCUUUCCACAAAUAGUUCUGCUCUGGACAGGGAGUGAGCCUUUCCGCCCGCCGGCACCACCCCCACACCCUCCUCGGCCCUGCCCUGCCCCGCCCCACCCAACAACACCUCUGCCUUGGCCACAGCCAGGGAAGCAGAGGGUCAGAAGGCCUAGCUGGAAAGUGGCUAAAAUGUUUCUGAGGCUCUUUCCCAUCCUGGGCCCUCCUCAGCCUGAGCUGGCUUUGGGGACUGGUGGGGCCUGAGUGGUCUCCACCCACCCAAAUCUCUGCCUUGGGAGAGAUUGGGCAG